CUAGUUCGCGUGACUGGCGAGUUGUGGGAUCUCACAUUAUUGUCUCUUUGCAGGGUAUCAUCCAAGCCUACAAGAGUGGCAUAACCCUCCAGGGAAACACCACUAGCCUGGGCAGGUGGGACUUCAGUGGGUCUUUCUUCUUCUCCAUCUCUGCAAUAACAACCAUUGGCUAUGGGAACCUGAGCCCCAGCACUGCGGCUGGUCGAAUCUUCUGCAUCUUGUUUGCGCUCUUUGGGAUCCCCUUGAACCUUGUCCUUCUGAACGAAAUUGGGCAGCUGAUGCUGUUGGGGGUUCAGCAUUGUGCCCAUUGCCUGGAGGAGGUGUUUCACUGGCAGAAAAAAGCUUCUCUCCUGAUUAAGACCUGUGCACUGGUAGCUGGCUUGUUGUUGUUCCUUCUGCUGCCUCCCUUGUUGUUCUCUGACAAAGAAGGCUGGUCUUAUGAAGAAGGCUUCUACUAUUCCUUCAUUACCCUCAGCACUAUAGGGUUUGGAGAUUAUGUGAUUGGGAUGAACCCAGACCGCACCUAUCCAGGCUGGUACAAGAAUGUAAUCUCUCUGUGGAUCCUCUUUGGGAUGGCCUGGCUAGCACUGGUUAUCAAAUUUUGCAUCAACUUUCUAGAGAGCUCCAGUGACUUCUGUCAGUGCAACAAGAAGAGCACAGACACCGCAGAAGACUUAAUGGAUGACAUCAAAAAUAGUAUGGCGGGACUUCAUGAUGUGGAGAUCUGCAAUGACAAAGACACAAAACCAAAAGGACCAGAUGAGUCUCACACCCACACAGCUCCUACAGAAGCACACUAG